AUGGCUGCAGCAGCCGCUAGAAGCUGGGAAGACACCACCGCGCCGCAUAUGAACAAGUACGCCAUGUUCGCUCCCGGAACCGACCGCACCAUCAGCAAGGAGGAAUGGCGCCGCCAGCAGGCGACGCUGAUUAAAGCCAUCGACCCGGAAUUCUCGGGUAGCCUCGUGUGCCCCGUUACCGUCCGCAACUGGCGGAAACUCGAGGAGAGCGCCGCGUCGUCAACUGCCGACAACGCGGCGGCAGACCUCGCGUCGCUUUCCCCCAGUCCGCCUCCCCCGGGUGCGCUCGACGUUCCCCCUUCCCCCAGUGCCGCCACCGCACCCGCCACCGCACCCGCCACCGCACCCGCCACCGCACCCGCCGCCGCACCCGCCGCCGCACCCGCCGCCCCCGGUAGUACCGGCUCGUCGGCCGCCAGCUCCCCCGCCAACUCGGGGAAGCUCCCGCGCGCGCGCGUGUCGCUCGCGCAGCAGAUUCGCGAGCAGCAGAUGAACUCGGGCAGAUUCAAACCCUUUGCUUCGGGCAGAUUUCCCGAAGGGAUGUCGGGCAGUGGACGGUUCCCCAUGUCGCCCCUGGAACCGAAUUCGGGGCCCAACUCGGGAAGGUUCUCCGCAGUUUCGCCUUCUUCCAGCCAGGGCAACUCGGGCGCGUUCCCCAGCCCCGCAGGGCACUACGCGACGAGAUCGAUGGGCGCGAACGGGGGCAGCGCAAGUGGGCCGCUCGCGAUGGCGCAGCCGGCGGGGCUUUGGCGACAGGGCAGCGACGGGCAUCGCAUGGGCGGUGCGACGAUGGAGCAGAGUCGCAUGGCGGGUGCGACGAUCAAUACCAUGCAGCCGGGCCAGCAGGCUCCGCCGAUGGGUUUCUGCAUGGGCGCGCAGGGCAUGGGCGCGCAAAUGAUGGGCGGGCCCCCUGCGACGAGCCCUCCUGCGAUUGCCGCAUCGCAAUGCUCAAGCCACGAUUCUUUCGCCUCAACUCCUCAGCUCUCUCGACCCGUUCCGUCCUUCGCCUCGCGCCCGCCCAACACGGGCAGCUGGGAUGGCAGCAAUGCAGAUGACGACGACGAAAAAGAGCUCGAUUUCUCCUCAGUCCGCUCCGUUUGUCUCAAUUUCGAGGAGGUUUUAGAAAUCUCAGAGUCGAAAGAGUUUAACCGCGUGCGAAUUGAGUCUAUCGACAUCGUCCCGCUGAUUUCCGGGAUGAAAAGCCCGUUCAUGGCUGCAGCUGCAGCGAAUCUUCCCGAGCACGUGCUGUUCGCGCUGACGUUUUCCGGGUCGGAUGAAAUUUACCUGCCCGGCGACGAGUCGAUUUUGAAGCUUUUUCCGAGCCGGUAUCAGACGAGGUACUGGGAGCAGGAGCGGCGGAGGCAGGAGGAGAAGGGUAAGAAGGAGACGAAAAUGUGGCAGUCGUGGCAAUCCCAAGGGAAUCCGAAUAAGCAGGAGCAGCAGGUGUGGCAACCGCCGCCGUCACCUCAACAGCAGCAGCAGCAGCAGCAGCCUUUGCAGCAACAGCAGUGGCAGCCGCAGCAGCAGCAGCAGCAGCAGCAGCAGCAGCAGCCGCAGCAACAGCAGUGGCAGCAGCAACAGCAGCCUCCGCAGCAGCAGCAGCAGCAGCAGCAGCAGCAGCAGCAGCAGCAGCAGCAGCAGCAGUGGCAGCAGCAGGGACAGCAGCCGCAGCAGUGGCAGCAACAGCAGCCACAGCAACAGCAGUGGCAGCAGCAACAACAGCAGCAGCUUUCACAACAACAUUGGCAGCAGCAGCAGCAGCAGCAGCAGCAGCAGCAGCAGCAGCAGCAGCAGCAGCAGCAGCAGCAGCAGCAGCAGCAGCAGCAGCAGCAGCAGCAGCAGCAGCAGCAGCAGCAGCAGCAGCAGCAGCAGCAGCAGCAGCAGCAGCAGCAGCAGCAGCAGCAGCAGCAGCAGCAGCAGCAGCAGCAGCAGCAGCAGCAGCAGCAGCAGCAGCAGCAGCAGCAGCAGCAGCAGCAGCAGCAGCAGCAGCAGCAGCAGCAGCAGCAGCAGCAGCAGCAGCAGCAGCAGCAGCAGCAGCAGCAGCAGCAGCAGCAGCAGCAGCAGCAGCAGCAGCAGCAGCAGCAGCAGCAGCAGCAGCAGCAGCAGCAGCAGCAGCAGCAGCAGCAGCAGCAGCAGCAGCAGCAGCAGCAGCAGCAGCAGCAGCAGCAGCAGCAGCAGCAGCAGCAGCAGCAGCAGCAGCAGCAGCAGCAGCAGCAGCAGCAGCAGCAGCAGCAGCAGCAGCAGCAGCAGCAGCAGCAGCAGCAGCAGCAGCAGCAGCAGCAGCAGCAGCAGCAGCAGCAGCAGCAGCAGCAGCAGCAGCAGCAGCAGCAGCAGCAGCAGCAGCAGCAGCAGCAGCAGCAGCAGCAGCAGCAGCAGCAGCAGCAGCAGCAGCAGCAGCAGCAGCAGCAGCAGCAGCAGCAGCAGCAGCAGCAGCAGCAGCAGCAGCAGCAGCAGCAGCAGCAGCAGCAGCAGCAGCAGCAGCAGCAGCAGCAGCAGCAGCAGCAGCAGCAGCAGCAGCAGCAGCAGCAGCAGCAGCAGCAGCAGCAGCAGCAGCAGCAGCAGCAGCAGCAGCAGCAGCAGCAGCAGCAGCAGCAGCAGCAGCAGCAGCAGCAGCAGCAGCAGCAGCAGCAGCAGCAGCAGCAGCAGCAGCAGCAGCAGCAGCAGCAGCAGCAGCAGCAGCAGCAGCAGCAGCAGCAGCAGCAGCAGCAGCAGCAGCAGCAGCAGCAGCAGCAGCAGCAGCAGCAGCAGCAGCAGCAGCAGCAGCAGCAGCAGCAGCAGCAGCAGCAGCAGCAGCAGCAGCAGCAGCAGCAGCAGCAGCAGCAGCAGCAGCAGCAGCAGCAGCAGCAGCAGCAGCAGCAGCAGCAGCAGCAGCAGCAGCAGCAGCAGCAGCAGCAGCAGCAGCAGCAGCAGCAGCAGCAGCAGCAGCAGCAGCAGCAGCAGCAGCAGCAGCAGCAGCAGCAGCAGCAGCAGCAGCAGCAGCAGCAGCAGCAGCAGCAGCAGCAGCAGCAGCAGCAGCAGCAGCAGCAGCAGCAGCAGCAGCAGCAGCAGCAGCAGCAGCAGCAGCAGCAGCAGCAGCAGCAGCAGCAGCAGCAGCAGCAGCAGCAGCAGCAGCAGCAGCAGCAGCAGCAGCAGCAGCAGCAGCAGCAGCAGCAGCAGCAGCAGCAGCAGCAGCAGCAGCAGCAGCAGCAGCAGCAGCAGCAGCAGCAGCAGCAGCAGCAGCAGCAGCAGCAGCAGCAGCAGCAGCAGCAGCAGCAGCAGCAGCAGCAGCAGCAGCAGCAGCAGCAGCAGCAGCAGCAGCAGCAGCAGCAGCAGCAGCAGCAGCAGCAGCAGCAGCAGCAGCAGCAGCAGCAGCAGCAGCAGCAGCAGCAGCAGCAGCAGCAGCAGCAGCAGCAGCAGCAGCAGCAGCAGCAGCAGCAGCAGCAGCAGCAGCAGCAGCAGCAGCAGCAGCAGCAGCAGCAGCAGCAGCAGCAGCAGCAGCAGCAGCAGCAGCAGCAGCAGCAGCAGCAGCAGCAGCAGCAGCAGCAGCAGCAGCAGCAGCAGCAGCAGCAGCAGCAGCAGCAGCAGCAGCAGCAGCAGCAGCAGCAGCAGCAGCAGCAGCAGCAGCAGCAGCAGCAGCAGCAGCAGCAGCAGCAGCAGCAGCAGCAGCAGCAGCAGCAGCAGCAGCAGCAGCAGCAGCAGCAGCAGCAGCAGCAGCAGCAGCAGCAGCAGCAGCAGCAGCAGCAGCAGCAGCAGCAGCAGCAGCAGCAGCAGCAGCAGCAGCAGCAGCAGCAGCAGCAGCAGCAGCAGCAGCAGCAGCAGCAGCAGCAGCAGCAGCAGCAGCAGCAGCAGCAGCAGCAGCAGCAGCAGCAGCAGCAGCAGCAGCAGCAGCAGCAGCAGCAGCAGCAGCAGCAGCAGCAGCAGCAGCAGCAGCAGCAGCAGCAGCAGCAGCAGCAGCAGCAGCAGCAGCAGCAGCAGCAGCAGCAGCAGCAGCAGCAGCAGCAGCAGCAGCAGCAGCAGCAGCAGCAGCAGCAGCAGCAGCAGCAGCAGCAGCAGCAGCAGCAGCAGCAGCAGCAGCAGCAGCAGCAGCAGCAGCAGCAGCAGCAGCAGCAGCAGCAGCAGCAGCAGCAGCAGCAGCAGCAGCAGCAGCAGCAGCAGCAGCAGCAGCAGCAGCAGCAGCAGCAGCAGCAGCAGCAGCAGCAGCAGCAGCAGCAGCAGCAGCAGCAGCAGCAGCAGCAGCAGCAGCAGCAGCAGCAGCAGCAGCAGCAGCAGCAGCAGCAGCAGCAGCAGCAGCAGCAGCAGCAGCAGCAGCAGCAGCAGCAGCAGCAGCAGCAGCAGCAGCAGCAGCAGCAGCAGCAGCAGCAGCAGCAGCAGCAGCAGCAGCAGCAGCAGCAGCAGCAGCAGCAGCAGCAGCAGCAGCAGCAGCAGCAGCAGCAGCAGCAGCAGCAGCAGCAGCAGCAGCAGCAGCAGCAGCAGCAGCAGCAGCAGCAGCAGCAGCAGCAGCAGCAGCAGCAGCAGCAGCAGCAGCAGCAGCAGCAGCAGCAGCAGCAGCAGCAGCAGCAGCAGCAGCAGCAGCAGCAGCAGCAGCAGCAGCAGCAGCAGCAGCAGCAGCAGCAGCAGCAGCAGCAGCAGCAGCAGCAGCAGCAGCAGCAGCAGCAGCAGCAGCAGCAGCAGCAGCAGCAGCAGCAGCAGCAGCAGCAGCAGCAGCAGCAGCAGCAGCAGCAGCAGCAGCAGCAGCAGCAGCAGCAGCAGCAGCAGCAGCAGCAGCAGCAGCAGCAGCAGCAGCAGCAGCAGCAGCAGCAGCAGCAGCAGCAGCAGCAGCAGCAGCAGCAGCAGCAGCAGCAGCAGCAGCAGCAGCAGCAGCAGCAGCAGCAGCAGCAGCAGCAGCAGCAGCAGCAGCAGCAGCAGCAGCAGCAGCAGCAGCAGCAGCAGCAGCAGCAGCAGCAGCAGCAGCAGCAGCAGCAGCAGCAGCAGCAGCAGCAGCAGCAGCAGCAGCAGCAGCAGCAGCAGCAGCAGCAGCAGCAGCAGCAGCAGCAGCAGCAGCAGCAGCAGCAGCAGCAGCAGCAGCAGCAGCAGCAGCAGCAGCAGCAGCAGCAGCAGCAGCAGCAGCAGCAGCAGCAGCAGCAGCAGCAGCAGCAGCAGCAGCAGCAGCAGCAGCAGCAGCAGCAGCAGCAGCAGCAGCAGCAGCAGCAGCAGCAGCAGCAGCAGCAGCAGCAGCAGCAGCAGCAGCAGCAGCAGCAGCAGCAGCAGCAGCAGCAGCAGCAGCAGCAGCAGCAGCAGCAGCAGCAGCAGCAGCAGCAGCAGCAGCAGCAGCAGCAGCAGCAGCAGCAGCAGCAGCAGCAGCAGCAGCAGCAGCAGCAGCAGCAGCAGCAGCAGCAGCAGCAGCAGCAGCAGCAGCAGCAGCAGCAGCAGCAGCAGCAGCAGCAGCAGCAGCAGCAGCAGCAGCAGCAGCAGCAGCAGCAGCAGCAGCAGCAGCAGCAGCAGCAGCAGCAGCAGCAGCAGCAGCAGCAGCAGCAGCAGCAGCAGCAGCAGCAGCAGCAGCAGCAGCAGCAGCAGCAGCAGCAGCAGCAGCAGCAGCAGCAGCAGCAGCAGCAGCAGCAGCAGCAGCAGCAGCAGCAGCAGCAGAGCAGCAGCAGCAGCAGCAGCAGCAGCAGCAGCAGCAGCAGCAGCAGCAGCAGCAGCAGCAGCAGCAGCAGCAGCAGCAGCAGCAGCAGCAGCAGCAGCAGCAGCAGCAGCAGCAGCAGCAGCAGCAGCGCAGCAGCAGCAGCAGCGCAGCAGCAGCAGCAGCAGCAGCAGCAGCAGCAGCCGCAGCAGCAGCAGCAGCAGCAGCAGCAGCAUCAAGCAGCAGCAGCCCAGCCAGCAGCAGCAGCAGCAGCAGCAGCAGCAGCAGCAGCCAGCAGCAGCAGCAGGCAGCAGCAGCAGCAGCAGCAGCAGCAGCAGCAGCAGCAGCAGCAGCAGCAGCAGCAGCAGCAGCAGCAGCAGCAGCAGCAGCAGCAGCAGCAGCAGCAGCAGCAGCAGCAGCAAGCAGCAGCCAGCAGCAGCAGCAGCAGCAGCAGCAGCAGCAGCAGCAGCAGCAGCAGCAGCAGCAGCAGCAGCAGCAGCAGCAGCAGCAGCAGCAGCAGCAGCAGCAGCAGCAGCAGCAGCAGCAGCAGCAGCAGCAGCAGCAGCAGCAGCAGCAGCAGCAGCAGCAGCAGCAGCAGCAGCAGCAGCAGCAGCAGCAGCAGCAGCAGCAGCAGCAGCAGCAGCAGCAGCAGCAGCAGCAGCAGCAGCAGCAGCAGCAGCAGCAGCAGCAGCAGCAGCAGCAGCAGCAGCAGCAGCAGCAGCAGCAGCAGCAGCAGCAGCAGCAGCAGCAGCAGCAGCAGCAGCAGCAGCAGCAGCAGCAGCAGCAGCAGCAGCAGCAGCAGCAGCAGCAGCAGCAGCAGCAGCAGCAGCAGCAGCAGCAGCAGCAGCAGCAGCAGCAGCAGCAGCAGCAGCAGCAGCAGCAGCAGCAGCAGCAGCAGCAGCAGCAGCAGCAGCAGCAGCAGCAGCAGCAGCAGCUUAAAUGACAUGGUCACUUGUCAAGGUAACUGUACUGCAAGUGGCCUUUCAGGCUUCGGAGUGAUCGCGUAUUUGCAAUAUGGCCUCAACGUGAAGGACUUUCUUGAUUCUUAUAUAUAA